AUGAAUAGAAAUGAGACAUGGAGGGGAGUCCGACGAGGCCUCGGAAACCGCGGUUCUCCUGGACUGUACAAAAGGAGGAGAAACUGGUGGAGCUGUGGAGUGAGCAAGAGUGUCUCUUUGACGUGUCUUCCCAUUUAUACCACGACAGAGUGGAAAAGGAAAAAAGGUGGACAGAAAUUGCUGAAGCCCUCGAAAUCCCCGUUGAAGAGGAACCCGGAGAAAACCCGGAGUUUGUCUUUGAGGACACAGUAUUCCCGUCUGCUGAAACCUCUUCCAAGUGGAAGUGGAGACAAGCCCCUCUCUUCAAAGCAACAGUGGCUAAAGAGAAACCUUGACUUUCUGAAACCAUUUUUUGUUCCACGCCACAGUGGGAGCAGCCUUGUUCUUGAAGAAAAUGAGCAGCAUGCAGACACACAGGACCAGGAAUCCAUGGAUGAUAGUGAUGAAGUGUUGCGUCUAUCCCUGUCUAACACUGGAUCCCCUUUUCAACACUUGAAAGUACAGUUGUCCAGCCUGGAUCAAGACCAAGUACACCAAGCACAUCCAGAUCUUCAAGCCCAUCCCCUACCAUCAAUGCAUCUGAGCCCAGUGUCAGUCGGCAGCCUUUCAAAAAAGCUCAGAAAAACACCAAAUCUGCUGAGACUGACAUAGAGCUCCAGAAGCUUGUGAUGCUUAUAGAGAUGUCUAAAACUGUUCAGUCUGGCUUCAAGAAUCCUGAGGAUACAGAGUCUACCUUUGGACAACAGGUAGCAGCUGAGGUGAGACAAAUUAAUGAUCCAACAUUGAAAACAAGAGCAAAGAAAAAUAUAAUGACUAUCUUGUAUGACAUACAAGAGCAAGAUCAGAAUAUGACCCGCCAUGCACACAAAGAAGCAGGAGUACUAUACACACCCCAAGGUGUGUUUCAAGUACACCCUCAAAUGCAAAUUCAACCACCACCAUUACCCUACCACCACGCAUAUAUUCCACCUCAAGUUCCACAGCACAAGCCAAGUUUUCGGCAACUGCUUGAGGACAGUGAGGCAGAGGUAGAUGUCUAAUUUUAAAAUAGAAACGCAUAAUGUGCCCUUUAUGUUCAGAAAAGAUGGCAUUAUGUUCAUUAGAGUGAAGUUUGAAAAUGGUCUAAUGUGACAUUUGUUUUGUAAAUUAAAUGUGUGUCUGGAUGGCACAGGUAAAGUUGAUUAGUACAGUUCAGUAGGUGUAGAUCUACAGGUAUCUGAGCAAAUAAUGGAAACACUACAGUUUAUUGUGCUUUUACAUUUAUUUCUAAAUGUAUUUGGGCUAUUUACUCUUUUGUAUAUUUGUCAGAGUUCUGUGCAAAAAAAACUGCACUCCAAAGUGUAAAGGAAAUAGUAAAAACCACAUCAUGUAAAAUUUAAGCAUUGAAAUAACAAUGUAAUAUGUAAAAGAAAAUGAAAUGUGGUGUUUCCAUUUUUUGAUCUUAAGAUACCAUUACAGUACUGAAGAAGCCACUUUGUUUAUUUUACAGCCUGUGUGGCUGACUAUGCUGUUUUUAUUUGUUGAAUAUUUUAGAUAUGUGUUUACAAAAGAUUUGAAAAAUAACACAUUUUGCAGUUAAUAUGCCUUUUAUAUGGUUCCUACUGUAAUAGGUACAGUAUUUCGAACACGGGUAGCACUGCA